CACUAAAAUUUUUCAUAUUAACUGAUUUUAGUGUUUUAGUUUGUCGGUUUUGUGUUGUAAUAUGAUUUCGCUUUCUAGGGUUUGUAUUUUUUUUGCGUUAAUGUAAUUUCAUGCCUUUUCUGCUAAUAUGUUUCGUUUUAGUGCUUAUUUUGUGUAUUUACUGUUGUAUUAUCAUGCAUGUGCUCUUUAUAGUGUGGUCCCCUUUCUUUUUUGGAUCUGUUAGGGUUUUUUUUCUGUUUUUUUUUAGUUAUUGUGAGGGUUUGAGAACGGGGCGGGGGGGACAUAAGACUGAAUCUUUUGGGUUUUUGUGUUUCAUACGUGGUAUUGCAUUUAUGGGGUUGUGUCGGUGGAAAGUAGAAGCUUUUGGUGGUUUAGGGUUUCCUAUUUUGGUUGCAUUUGUGGGUUUGAUGCUUUUAUCGUUGAAAUAGGCCACCCAUAAUAGCAUGUGACUGAUUUUGCAUUGUUUUGUGGAUUAGAGAUGGUUCAUCUGGACCUGGUUUUCAAUCAUGGUGGUGGCUAGAUAACUAAGCCACAUGUUCUCUACUCAAAGAUGAAUGUUCACCUUUGGAGAGGGUCUGACUCAGACCUUCUAUCCUUUAAAGAUUUAGUUGAUGAAUACAUUAAAAAUUGCGGUUUGUAGGGGUUCAGCAACUAAUUAUUGCUGGUCCAUCUGGAAAACAUUAUGAAAUUGAAGAUGAUGUUGGAAUUAGGCACCUAUUGCGUCCUGUUAGUGAUAAGUUUAAUGUUAUCAAUAUUUAUGUUAUAGAAGAGCGUGAGCUUACUGUUUGCCCCAACAUUGUCCGCCAUAAUGAAACUUAUGCAGUUGUAGUUUCAACUACUAGUGAUGGUAGUAUUAGUGAAAGUGAAGGGGAGGAUGAUGAUGAAAUUGAUCUUGAUGAGUUAGACUAUGACUCUGACCAGAUAAGAUGCUUUUUGGCAUAAAGAAACUAAGAAAUUACUGAACACAUUCUUGAGUACAAAGAGAUACAUUGUAGUAUGUGUUUCAAGGAUAUAGCUGAAGCUAGAAAGUUAUGAACUCGUAUGCACUGGUUAGUAAGGAUUUAUAAUUUUGAAGAGUGACAACAAUAGGGUGAGAUAUAGGUGUGAAGAGGGCUGCCCAUUUAUUUAUGUAAUAUCCAAAGACAAUGGCAGGCAAGGCUGUAGAGUGAAGACAUUAAACACAAGUUUAAAAACAGUAGGGUUGACUGUUCUACCAUUGCACACUAUUUCAAGAGGAAGUUGCAAGAUGAUCUUAAGUACAAAGUGAAAAAGAUGAGGAAUGAUUUGCAUGCUGCUUUUAACCUUAAUGCUACUCAUGGAAAGUGUAAAAGGGCAAAGAGAAUAAUUUUGAAGAAGCUUGAAGCCAAUUUCAAUGACGAAGGCUUACGCCAAUAAUUCGAGUGUUAGUAAUUCUAGAUCUGAUGUGGUUAUUAACUUAUCCAAAGAGGACUACCUCAAGGAAAAACGACAUUCCUAAAGAAACAAAGAGAAGCUGGACUUGGUUUCUCGAGCUUCUGAAGAGUUCAUUGGAGUUGAAUAUGAGAGGAGGAGUGACAUUUAUCUCAGACAUGCAGAAGAAGCAAAGAGAAGGUAUUGUGCCAAACAUGUUGAGGCAAAUUGAGAAAAAAAUUCAGAUCCUUGGAGAUGAAGAAGCUGUUUUGGUGGGCAUCAUAGUCCACUUAUGCAGAAGAUUUUAAAGACUUGUUGAGGUUUAUAGGACAGUUGAGUGAAAGUGUUGUGAAGUCAUUAUUGAAGUAUCCUUCCCGGAGUUGGUGUAGGACAUAUUUUGACAUCAUUUGCGAGAAUCCACCAGUCACCAACAAUACGAUUGAGUCCUUUUACUCUUGGAUUCUGGCUGCUAGAUACAAGCCAAUCUUAAUGCUUGAAGUUGAAAAUAUAAGGGAGAAGGUAACAAAUCAGUUAAGAACUUAUGAAGAAGGGUGAGUUCAUGGAAUCAUGUGUACAGUCCUAAGAGCUUAGAAAUGUGUUAUGACUUCCUCAAAAUUGCUCAAGCUUGUGUGGUGGAUGCCAAUGGUGAUGAUGGUUUUGAAGUUUCAAAAAACAGGACAAGCACAUUGUGAAGUUGGAGAUGAGAAGGUGCACAUGUAGGAUAUGGACAUCUUUAGAAUCCCAUGUCCUCAUGCAAUAAGGGCACCACAGUACUUGAAGAAAAACCCUUUAUAGGAGAUACACUGGUGGUACACAAAAAAGGCCUACCUGCUGGCGUGUCACCACAAGACACAACCAGAUCUUGGUGAGAAAUUAUGGACAGUUGAUCCAGCUCAUGCAAUGGAUCCACUAGGUUUGGUGAAUUUGGCAGAUAGGUCUAGAGUCAAGAGAUCCCGGCAAAAGAAUGAAGCAAGUAAGAGGUAGUUUGAGUGGAGUUUGUUUAGGAAAGGCAAGAUAAUGGCUUGUGGAAUCUGUGAAGGAGCUGGCCACAAUGCAUGGGGAUGUAAAAAGCCACUAAAAGCAAUGAAAAAGAGGCAAAGAUCAGCUAUAGCUCAAUCAUCUAAAGGCAAGCAACCAGCAGAUUCAUUGAAGUCAUCCAAAGGCAAGAAGUCUUUUGAUGUGGGGCAGACAUCAAAAAUUAGGCAGGCAACAUCUAAGAGAAUGAGAACUUUGAUUAAUGAAAACAGUGAAGAUGAAGUCACGCAAACACAAAAAGAUUCUCAAUCGUCUGCACAUCAAGUGUCACAGCCCAGUAAAGACUCUGUCUUCAUACCUGCUCCAAGAGUAAAUCCUUGUCCAUACUUUGGGUAUCCAUCCUUUGAACAUGUUCCUGACCCAACAUCAAGGCCAUUUGUUAUAUCAGAGGCAAAUAUUAAGUUAGGUUUUAUCCUAGGCGGCAUGUUCAAGUGCCUACUGGAGCAAUAAAAUCAACUUCAUAGAAGAUCACACAGGUGUUAGUGAACCCAUAUAUCUUCCUUACUCACUGACAAAGCUCACAUGGCAGGGAAAGGAGGCAGUGACUGGGAAUUAGCAGGAGAGGCAAUGCAGGCAACAAAGACUUCAAAAAUUAACACCAAGAAAGGGGAAAGGAAGUGACAUUUAGUUGGUGUUAUUUUGUUGUUAGUUUGGGAUGUAAUUACUGCUUAAUGACAGUACAAUUUUUGUUGCUUUAAUGUCGUUUUGGUUGUGUGAUUUGUAGUUGGAUACCAUGUUAUGACUUAGGUUGUGUAAGUUUUUGUAGUUACAACAUAGUAUCCAGUUCUCCUAGCUUGUGUAGAUGUCUAACUGUUGACAUGCUUAACUAGGUGUGAAUGUCAAACUUGGUUGGUACCAUUUAAUCUCAAUGUUUUGGUUUGCUUUGCUUA